ACGUCAGAUUGCGGGCGGCCUGGGAGCCCGCGCUCUUUUCGCUGCCUACCGGAUGGUGUUGGAAGGUGGUCGAGGUGCUGACCGUCAUGAGACCGGGCGAGGAGCUGGCCGAAGAGAGCGGCCACGCCGUUUCGGAGCUGGAGCUGCUGAAACGCCGCGCCGCGGAGUGCAUCGAUGAGGCGGCCGAACGGCUCGGGGCCCUGAGCCAGGAGAUCUGGAGCGAGCCCGAGCUCGCCUACCAGGAGUACCGCGCCCACGGUGCCCUGACCCGCUUCUUCGAGCAGGAGUCGUCGGCCGCCUCUCCGUGGGCGGUGCAGCCGCAUUACAAGCUGGACACGGCUUUCAGGGCGGAAUGGGAGUCUCCCGCCGCGGGGUCCCGGAGCGCCGCGCCGCUUCACUUGGGCUUUCUUUGCGAAUAUGACGCGCUGCCUGGCAUCGGGCACGCCUGCGGCCACAACCUGAUAGCCGAGGUGGGCGCUGCGGCCGCCCUGGGUCUGAAGGGGGCGCUCGAAAGCCCCCCGAGCUGUCCGCCGGUGAAGAUCACUGUCCUGGGUACUCCUGCAGAAGAAGAUGGAGGUGGCAAAAUUGACUUAAUUGAAGCUGGAGCUUUUAAAAAUCUUGAUGUUGUUUUUAUGGCUCAUCCAUCACAAGAAAAUGCUGCUUACUUACCUGAUGUGGCUGAGCAUGAUGUGACUGUGAAAUACUAUGGAAAAGCUUCUCAUGCUGCUGCUUAUCCUUGGGAAGGUGUGAAUGCAUUAGAUGCUGCUGUUCUUGCGUACAACAAUCUGUCAGUUUUAAGACAGCAAAUGAAACCCUCCUGGAGAGUUCAUGGUAUAAUUAAACAUGGUGGUGUGAAACCUAAUAUCAUCCCCUCAUACUCUGAAUUAAUCUAUUAUUUGCGUACACCCUCAGUGAAAGAGCUUCCAAUUUUGACCAAAAAAGCAGAAGAUUGCUUUAAAGCUGCUGCUUUGGCUACAGGAUGCACAGUGGAAUUAAAAGGUGCAGGGCAUGACUACUAUAAUGUCCUUCCUAACAAGAGCCUCUGGAAAGCUUAUGUGGAAAAUGGAAAGAAGCUGGGAAUAGAAUUUAUUUCAGGAGAUUCUGUGUCAAAUGACUCAUCAGGUUCCACUGACUUUGGAAAUGUUACUUUUGUGGUACCUGGAAUUCACCCUUAUUUUUAUAUUGGUUCUGAUGCACUGAAUCAUACUGAGCAGUAUACUGCAGCUGCAGGAUCCCAAGAAGCGCAAUUCUACACUUUGCGUACUGCUAAGGCUCUGGCCAUGACAGCACUAGAUGUGGUUUUCAAGCCAGGUUUGCUGGAAAAAGUUAGAGAGGACUUUAGAUUGAGCCUUCAAGAAGAAGAGUUUCUGAAUACUACAGAUCAAAACCAAGACCUCAGCACAACUUGUGAAUCACGUUAACAAUGAGUUCUUUCAUCAAUGAGGUAGAACAGGAUUGCUUUUUUUUCCCCUCUAGGAUCAAAUUUCUGGUACUUUGAAAUUGUGUGACACAGUAAGAGGGGAAUAUAAUCUAAAUGGAAUGUUAAUGUAAUCUAAAUCAUGUAAUCUAAAAUAAAUUUACAAAGAUCUGUAUUUCAAGAGAGUUUAAAUGUACUAGAAAUUGACAUAAUUGGAACAUAGUAAUCCUAGAACUUAUUUUUCCAACACAAAUAGGUACUGCAAAGAUGAAUGUUGAAAAGAUUUUAGGUUUAAAAUCUAAUGAUUAAUAGAAUUAACAUGCUUUUGGAAGUUGUAGGUAUAAACUAGUAAAAAAUAUACUGUGAAGAAAAAAUUUAAAUAUGUGAAUAGCCUUUUAUUGGCUUAUUUAUUUAGUGAUAUCUGAUGUACAUUGAUACUAUGUGAAUAUUUUUAAAAGAAGUGAGAGGAAAAGGAGCUGCUUGUAUGUGCUAUGAAUUUUAUGAAUUAUUUGUCUUGAUAAUUGAGUAUAAUGAUAGUAAUACUUUAUCUGAAAUGGAAUCAGUAAGAAAGGAUAUUUGACUUGUAUAGUCAAAUCUCUUAAUCUUCCUAUUUUUUUCUUUACAAAAGGAGAGAACUGAAGGAGGGCUUCUCACGAUUUUUUCUAGCUCUAGAAGUUCUAUUGUCCAUACUCUGUCCCCGAAUUUAAAGUUCUUCAUGAAUAGAUCUUUUAUAGGUUUAUGGUUUCUGAGGCUAGUACUUGAGAAUUACAUGUCUCUUUCUUUUCACAAUAGACGUAAAUAAAAGCAUAUUUACCCAUUGAUUUUUAUUAUUCAGCUGGAUAUUUUCCUAUCAACUGAGUUGGAAACUUUUGAGUGAGGUUAAGAUAAGAGGUAGUCAAGCUUGUGACUUAUUCACCAUUGAAGGAUCCUAUCAGCACCAUCCCUUAAGGGAACUGUGGUUCCUACUUUACAAUCCACUUUUCCUUACUCAGAUUUUCUUUUAUUUUGGAAUUUCCCUUCGAUCUCCAGUCAUACCAUUGUUUUUCAUGACUUUACAUUUUCUCAGGGCAAAAAAAAAAAAAUCUUUCUAUAUAAUGGCUUGUAGAACUUUCUUCUCCAUUUUCUCCUACCUGGGGAUUUAACAGCAGAUAGUAAUUAUAACAUAUUUACAUUUAGGCGUGGACAUCGAAACCUUUGAAAAUACAAGGCUUUGGUAUGUAAAGCAAAUUUAUUGGUAUAGUCAGUGUACUUAGAGUGAAUUCAGGCAUCAAUGGUAUUUUAGAACACUUCAUUUCCUUCUUGAUUUUGUUCCUGCCACCUUCCUCAAAAAGAAAGCAUCUCCUAUGACAAAUUACUUUGAGCCAAAUCCCAUGUGAAACUGAAAUUCCAUUUUUCCAUGUGGAAAGAAAGUACAACCAAGAGCUUCAUGUUCUAGUUUAUAGGCAUGAGCAUGACUAUAACUCAUCUCUAUCACCUAAUUUGAAUUAGCGAGCAGGAUCCCCAAUGCUGAAAGCUAGUUUCUUUGGAAUUUGGUUCUUGUGCCACAGUUCCUUUCAUCCUAAGAGACAGGCCAGAAUCCUCAGAUUUUUCAAACUGAUCUUCAACCUUAUUUCCCCUGGUAAAUUGUUAGUCUUUAGUUUUAUGGUUUGCCAUUUUAGAGGACAGAGGAAAGUAAAAAUUAAAUAAUCUGUGAGUAUUAUUUUUAGGGGAAAAUGAGUAAGGGGAAUAGAAGAUCUAUUUAUUUUAGGUCAUAUUUCAGAUCAUUUUUGAUCAGUUUUUUGCCCUGCUUUUUGAUUAAGUUGUAUGUGCAUUUUUUUUUUUGAAGGGGGAAAAUUAAAUGCCUUUUCUAAAUUAGUUUGACUGACAUGACUUGAAAAAAAAGUCAUUUCUAAUAGAUCUAGAGAACAUUUGUUAAAUGCCUUAUUUUAUAUGCUGUAAUAACUUCAAGUCAGGAGAGUCUUGUAUUCAUGUCCUUCUAACUUGUCACCAUGGACAAGUCAUUUGACAUUUUUAUCUAUAAAGUGGUAAUAAUUCUUGUUGUGGAAGAAGAUUGAAAAAUAUGUACAUAAAAUAAUUUUGCUAAUAUAUUCUUUCUCCUAUAAGACUGUAAGCUCUUUGCAGCCGGAAUGUGACUUAUUUGUUUCUGUUUUUAUAUCACAGGGACUUAUACAUGGGUAUUUGAUAAAUACUUGCUGAAAGACUUACAGAAUCUCAAUUUAAUUUUAAAAGGACUGAAAAGGGUGAUAUAGUACAAUGUACACACGAAAAGAACCCUCACUAUGUAACAUUUCCAAAAAGUGGUUAUCUAGCCUUUUCUUAAAGACUUCCAAGGGAAAGCAGCCUUGUUCCACUUUUGGACCACUCUUAAUUGUUAGGUGGUUUUUCCUGACAUCAAGCCUUAUUUGACUCUUUGCAGUUCUGCCUUUUGUAACUUCCUCAUUUUUAAACCAAGGGAAUGAAAUAACUUUGGAGAUUAUAAGAUAAAUUAUUAGGCCCUGAUUAAAAAUUUUGUGGCUAUAGCAACAUAUACUUUUUGGAAAAGAGAAAUAGUAAAUUAUUUAUGGACAUUAUUUCUAAAGUGAGUGGAUGAAGAGAUUCUUAACAAUUACUUUUCAUCCUAUAUAAAUUUUAGUCAAAUGUUGAGGGGAAAGUUAGAUCAAUUAGUGAUAAAUUUUGCAUUACAUAAUUUUAAAUGAAAUUUAGUUUUAUUAAUUCUCUUUCAAGUCUAUGUGGACAUUUAUAUAGGCUAAAACUGUUUUCAUAGCAACUUGAGUUAAUCAUAACUUUGUAUAGUCUUUUGUUUAUCAUUGGUUUAAGGUACUUUUUCCCCUCAGGAAGUACAAAUAUAAACUUCUGUUUAGCAUGAAUUUUGAGUUAGGUUAAAUUAUUUAGACUUAAUGUCUUUUGGGGAAAAAAACAAACAAAGAUAUAUGGUGGGAUUAUUGAUUUGAAAACAAGUCAUGGCUCUAUAUGGAACCUGUAAUAAUAAUGUGUGUCUUCCUCCUGUCAAUGAAUUCAAGCCAUGGUAUUUAUGUAUAAUCCACAAAAAAGAGUGUUAAUUACUGAUAAUCUUUUUUUUUUUUUUGUAAUUUAACAGUGGUAAAUUUUUAUUGCAUAUUUACACUAAUUGGCCUGUGAGCUGGUAUUUUAGAGGUCACUGACUGGAAGUUUUAAAUAAAAUUCUAAUGAAAUAAAAAUGUUAAAAUGUGUGAAUUCUUUUCAUGUGCUUGACUGGGGGAACUUUUGUUAUUUUUAGAAUUAUUGUCCAGUCCCAGUAUAUAAACUUUUGAGGAAAACAUUUUUGCUUACUUGAAACAUAGCCAUGUUCAUUUAAAGAAUUAUCUUAUACUUGUUGUGUAUCUAAUUUAUAUUUUAAUAUAUUUAACGUC